AACCGGAACCAGAAAGUCACAGUUCGCCCUGAUGCAGCCCUGGUUCCACCACACAAAUCCGACCCGACACUUUGUAAACACGAAACUUUUAUUUAAGAAAUUUUAAUUCAACAAUUACCGCACACUAUACAAGAAAGAGAUGACGGAUCUGAGCAUCACGGGGCAGCAGGUACAGGCCCAACAGUUCAUACCGACGGAACCCUUCCGGAUCACCACGAAUGCCCCACACCAGAUGAACGACGUUAGUCUCACUCCUGGACGAAAGAAGUUACAGAAGUGGCUGGGUCGCGUCCUGCGAAUCGUCAUCACCGAUGGCCGCGUCCUGAUUGGCUUCUUUAACUGCACCGAUCGAGACGCCAACAUUGUCCUGUCCAUGUGUGCGGAGUACCUGGUGGAGGGCCAGGAGCCCCGUCUGUUGGGUAAUGUCAUGGUCCCCGGAAAGCACAUUGUAUCCUGCUGUAUCGACGAACCUGAUCCGCAGUCUAGUCUCCUCGUCCAAUAGACAGAAAGGUUUAUUUUUUAGUUAAUUUUAAUUGAAAUAAAGGUGUGCAAAGUCUGCUUCAAAUCAUUUAGAAAUCCUAA